GGAGAGGAAAGGAGGAAUUACUUGUCGUAUUCGCUGUCCAGAGUCAUGCGAACCUUAUACCAGAACGGCCCUCGUCCUCUUCGAAUUACGAUUUGAGGCAAAACUUGGUUUUGAGCUCGUUAUUCAAGAUAGUUCGAUCUUUUUGGUUGACUUAAAUCUAUAGCCAUUGAGAAUUGAAUAGUUGAAGUCUUUUUGGCAUUGUUUUAAGUCUUUGGAGAUUAAAGAAAAUAUUGAUGGGGGCAAUAUUGAGCCUAAAUGGUUCGAGGACUGGAGCAAGUGAGCCCUUUGAGCAUUUGAAACAUGAAACUUGCAAGAGACAGAAAUUAUCAUUGUGUUUAUGUGAAGAGAAUCCAAGAUUGAUUCCUAGCCUUCCAGAUGAGAUAUCCUAUCAAAUUCUUGCCAGACUUCCCAGGAUUUACUACUUCAACAUGAGGUUAGUGUCACGGACCUGGAAAGCUGCUAUCACAAGUACAGAACUUUUCAGUGUAAGGAAAAAGCUUGGUACAACCGAGGAAUGGCUCUAUAUAUUGACAAGGGGUCAGCGAGAUCAGCUUUACUGGUAUGCUUUUGAUCCUCUUUCAAGAAGAUGGCAAAGAUUGCCUCCAAUGCCAAAUUUUACUUUUGAGGAUGAAUCCAGGAGAGGUUUAGCUGGCCUUCGUAUGUGGAAUGUUGUGGGCUCAGGCAUGAAGAUUGCAGAUUUCAUAAGGAGCUGGCUUGGGAAGAAAGAUGCAUUGGAUCAAAUGCCAUUCUGUGGGUGUGCCAUUGGAGCUGUAGAAGGCCACCUGUAUGUGCUAGGGGGAUUUUCUAAAACUUCAGCCUUGACAUGUGUUUGGAAGUAUAAUCCAGUUAAAAAUUCAUGGAGUGAAGCAACUCCAAUGUCAAUUGGCAGAGCCUAUUGUAAGACUAGUGUCUUAAACAACAAGCUGUAUGUUGUUGGAGGGGUAACUCGAGGUCGUGGUGGAUUGACACCACUUCUGUCAGCUGAAGUAUUUGAUCCUCAUACUGGUAUCUGGUCCCAAAUACCAAAUAUGCCAUUUUUGAAAGCUCAGAUUCUGCCUACUGCUUUUCUAGCUGAUCUGCUCAAGCCUAUUGCCACUGGAAUGACAUCAUACAGGGGAAGGUUGUUUGUGCCUCAGAGUUUAUAUUGCUGGCCCUUUUUUGUUGAUGUUGGAGGGGAAGCUUAUGAUCCAGAGGUGAAUUCAUGGGUUGAAAUGCCUGUUGGCAUGGGUGAGGGUUGGCCAGCUAGACAGGCAGGGACAAAAUUGAGUGUAACUGUUGAUGGUGAGUUGUAUGCACUGGAUCCAUCCAGUUCUCUUGAAAGUGCUAGGAUCAAAGUCUACGAUUAUCAGGCUGAUGCUUGGAAAGUUGUGGUCAGAGAUGUUCCUGUUCCUGACUUUUCUGAGUCUGACGCUCCAUAUUUACUUGCUGGUUUACUAGGGAAGCUUCAUGUCGUCACUAAAGAUGUCAAUAACAAUAUUACAGUUCUUCAGACUGAUGUGCAGAAUCAUUUUGCUUCUGUACCAUCAGCUCCAUCAUCUUCGUCAGAGAAGACAUCUGUCAAUGCUGAGUCUAUAGCAGAAUCAGAAACAAAUAUUUGGAGGAUCAUUUCAACAAGAAUGGCUGGGUCUGCUGAACUGGUUAGUUGUCAAACCCUUGAAAUCUAGUGAUUAGAGGAUCUAGCAGUUUUAACACCCAAGGUGUCAAAGCAAGACAGUGCUUGUUAUUUCUCAGCCUUUAUUUGUUGGACCAAAAAAGAUUGGAUUGGAAACUAGUAUAUUGUAAACAUUUGCAGCAUAAUUUUCCUUUCAUCCUGUCAUUAUGUAUAUCAUUAAAAUUUCUACUGAGAUGGAAUAUAAGAUAAAUUAAUCU